UUGUUGCAGGGCAUUUUGAGGAUUAUUUCACAUGAAGUCUCCUAUGGCUAACAUUCGAGUGUGAGCCGUGUUUGCUGCAGCGCGUGGGCAGAUGUCUGGCUGCUCCAUGGAACUGCUCACUUAUGCUUUAGCCUCAGCCACAGAGGACUUCUCGAAGCCGGUUCUGAACGAAUUAAAUCCCACAUGCUGUCCAUAAUUUGAAAAUUCAGGUCAGAGCCGUGUCUUCCCCCCUGGUGUUCUGGUGGGCACUGUCGUCACUAUCCUCUGAGAAGCUGCCGCUUCAAUUUGGUGAAUCAGAGGACCCAUCCGGCUAAGAAAGGUUUGUUUACAGAUUUGGAGCAUUGAACUUAAGCAUCCCCUGCUGCUCCCUCACCCUGUGGAGAGAUGUCUGUCACUUAUGAUGAUUCCGUUGGAGUGGAAGUGUCCAGCGACAGCUUCUGGGAGGUCGGGAACUACAAGCGGACCGUGAAGCGGAUCGACGAUGGCCACCGCCUGUGCAGCGACCUCAUGAACUGCCUGCACGAGCGGGCGCGCAUCGAGAAGGCGUACGCGCAGCAGCUCACGGAGUGGGCCCGGCGCUGGAGGCAGCUCGUGGAGAAGGGGCCUCAGUACGGGACGGUGGAGAAGGCCUGGAUGGCCGUCAUGUCUGAGGCGGAGAAGGUGAGCGAGCUGCACCUGGAGGUGAAGGCCUCGCUGAUGAACGAGGACUUCGAGAAGAUCAAGAACUGGCAGAAGGAGGCCUUCCACAAGCAGAUGAUGGGCGGCUUUAAGGAGACCAAAGAGGCUGAGGACGGCUUUCGGAAGGCGCAGAAGCCCUGGGCCAAGAAGCUGAAAGAGGUAGAAGCAGCAAAGAAAGCUUACCACGCGGCGUGCAAAGAGGAGAAGUUGGCGAUAUCACGGGAAAGCAACAGCAAAGUGGACCCAUCCCUCAACCCUGAACAGCUGAAGAAAUUGCAAGACAAAGUAGAAAAAUGCAAGCAAGACGUUCUUAAGACCAAAGAGAAGUAUGAGAAGUCCCUGAAGGAGCUGGACCAGGGCACGCCCCAGUACAUGGAGAACAUGGAGCAGGUGUUCGAGCAGUGCCAGCAGUUUGAGGAGAAGCGCCUGCGCUUCUUCCGGGAGGUUCUGCUGGAGGUUCAGAAGCACCUGGACCUGUCCAAUGUGUCCAGCUACAAAAACAUUUACCGCGAACUGGAGCAGAACAUCAAAGCUGCCGAUGCGGUGGAGGACCUGAGGUGGUUCAGAGCCAACCACGGCCCGGGCAUGUCCAUGAACUGGCCGCAGUUUGAGGAGUGGUCUGCAGACAUGAAUCGAACUCUCAGCCGGAGAGAGAAGAAGAAGCCCACUGAUGGCGUCACUCUGACAGGCAUCAACCAGACGGGCGACCAGGCCCUGCAGAACAAGCCCAGCAGCGACCUUAGUGUCCCGAGCAUCCCCACACGGUCAGCGCAGUCACUGUCCAGCUACAACCCCUUCGAGGAUGAGGACGACACGGGGAGCACCGUCAGUGAGAAGGAGGACAUUAAGGCCAAAAAUGUGAGCAGCUACGAGAAGACGCAGAGCUACCCUGCUGACUGGUCAGACGAUGAGUCUAACAACCCGUUCUCCUCCACGGAUGCCAACGGGGACUCCAACCCGUUCGAUGAGGAUGCCACCUCGGGGACGGAAGUGCGGGUCCGGGCCCUCUACGACUACGAGGGACAGGAGCACGACGAGCUGAGCUUCAAGGCUGGGGACGAGCUGACCAAGAUCGAGGACGAGGACGAGCAGGGCUGGUGCAAGGGACGCUUGGACAGUGGACAGAAGAUGAUGGUUCCAUUGUUCUUGGCUUCAUGGUGUCUCUUGAAGACAGAUGAGCCGGUCAUUUCACCUGGGACUGGGCAGCCUUCCCACAGGCAGAUGGAGAGAUCUUAGCAGGAAGACGCAGUACAACGGACAUCACCCGCCCUUGCCCCCCCACUCAGUGUGCGUGUGGCUUAUCAUGAAUCUGUGUAUUCUUGACCUUGUCUGUCUGCCUCUCCUCUGCUCAGUGGGGGUCACAGUGACUCUCGUUCCGCUGACGUCUCUGAUGUGCUCAUCACCCGCAGCUCAGAUGAACAGACUGCCCCGCCGUUUCCUGAGGUUUCAUGUAAAGGCUGUGUACAUGUACUUCGUUGUGUACCUGUCAUUCGUUCAUUCACCCUUAAGUUAUGGCACAGAUCACUGUGCACCUGCUUGGGCAGUGACACCUGUCCCAUGUGCUGUCCCUCGGCUACCACGGCCUGGGGCUGCUGCGACAGCCUGGCCCGGUUAGACGCGUGUGAGGCGAGCACAGGAGGGGGCACACUGUGCUGGGGUCUCCACAGUGAAUGUGUGGGUGUUGGAAAUAACCUGAUGUAGUUCUCCCCAAAGUUGCAAUAUUUAAAAACUCCACUGUCUUCGUGCUUAAAGCUCUGCUCUGGCAAGUGAACGAUUCCGUGGUGACGUGGGAGGUUCCGCUGGAAAGACGAGCCCUUCAGGCAGAGGCCUGUAGGUCAGGGCACUUUCUGUGAGACAGUCUCGUCCUGUAUAUGCUGUUUGAUACUCAGAGAAUCUAAAGAGCUUGUCUACUGUUUUCAUGAGAUUCGAAAGGCUCUUGACAGUGGAUUUAAUUUGUAAACUGCUUGAAGACCAUGGCAUUCGGGCCCAGGCCUGGCCGGUGGGCUUGGCGAGCCUCCUCCAGGCUCAGGACAUGAGCCCUGGGCCUCUGGAGGGGACACCGCGGGAGGGCAGUCUGUGCUCACCGGCAGCUGCAGGUCCUGCUACUGGCCUUCGUCCCCUCCACAGCAGAACCUGUAACCAGGUCUCUCCGGCAGUCGCAGACUUCAUCAUCCGUAUUCCUCAUGAGCCAACGAAAGCUGGGUCUCGUCCCAUCGCACAAGGGUCUCUUCUGAGUGUCCUUGGUCAUCAGGGAGCAGACAUGCUGCAGCAGGAAGUGACACUGUAAU